CGGAGCCGCAGCCCGAGCGGCGGGGUGACCAUGGAGGAAGAAGAUGAGUCUCGAGGGAAGACAGAGGAGUCGGGCGAGGAUCGGGGUGAUGGUCCUUCAGACAGAGACCCCACACUUUCUCCUUCUGCCUUUAUCCUGCGGGCCAUUCAGCAGGCAGUGGGAAGCUCCCUGCAGGGGGAUCUGCCGAAUGAUAAAGAUGGCUCUCGGUGUCAUGGCCUUCGAUGGAGGCGCUGCCGGAGCCCACGGUCAGAGACCCGUUCCCAGGAAUCAGGGGGGACUGACACAGCUACUGUGUUGGACAUGGCUGCAGACAGCUUCCUCGCAGGGCUGGUGGGCGUCCUGGAUCCCCCGGACACCUGGGUUCCCAGUCGCCUGGACCUGCGGCCUGGCGAAAGUGAGGACGUGCUGGAGCUGGUGGCCGAGGUCCGAAUAGGGGACAGGGAUCCCAUCCCUCUGCCGGUGCCCAGCCUGCUGCCCCGACUCAGGGCCUGGCGGACAGGCAAAACAGUUUCUCCACAGUCUCACUCUUCUCGACCCACCUGUGCCCGCCACCUCCUCACCUUGGGCACAGGAGAUGGGGGCCCUGCCCCACCCCCUGCCCCUUCCUCCGCUUCCUCCUCACCUUCCCCUUCUCCCUCCUCAUCCUCCCCUUCCCCUCCUCCACCCCCACCACCCCCUGCCCCCCCAGCCCCCCCAGCACCCCGAUUCGACAUCUAUGACCCCUUUCACCCCACGGAUGAGGCCUAUUCCCCACCACCUGCUCCAGAGCAAAAGUACGACCCCUUUGAGCCCACUGGUUCCAACCCCAGCUCAUCAGCGGGAACCCCAUCACCUGAGGAGGAAGAGGAAGAGGAGGAAGAGGAGGAGGAGGAGGAGGAAGGCCUGUCACAGAGCAUCAGCCGCAUCUCAGAGACCCUGGCAGGCAUCUAUGAUGACAACAGCCUGAGCCAGGACUUCCCAGGUGAUGAGAGCCCCUGCCCAGACCCUCAGCCCCCACAGCCGACUCCAGCUCCUGGAACACCGCCCCAGGCAGACUCCACACGGGCUGACGGAGCUACCCGGCGGCGCGUCUUUGUGGUGGGGACCGAGGUGGAGGCCUGUCGAGAAGGCAAGGUCUCGGUGGAGGUGGUGACGGCAGGCGGAGCUGCUCUCCUGCCGUCCCUGCUGCCACCUGCCGACUCAGAGAUCGAGGAGGGCGAGAUUGUCCAGCCGGAGGAGGAGCCCAGGGUGGCGCUUUCUGUUUUCCGGGCCCGGGCCACCCGACCUCCUCCUGCAUCCUCGGCCACUCCUGUGGCCCAGCCCCUGCCCCAACCUCCUGCUCCCCGGGCCCCCGAGGGGGACGACUUCUUGUCUCUGCACGCGGAGUCCGAUGGGGAAGGGGCCCUGCAGGUGGACUUAGGGGAGCCGACCCCCGUGCCACCCGCUGCCGCUGACACGCGCUGGGGUGGCCUGGACCUCCGCCGCAAGAUCCUGACUCAGCGGCGGGAGCGCUACCGCCAGCGCUCACCCUCCCCUGCCACGGCCCCUGCUACUGCUGCUGCCUCCGCGGGCCCGCCCACCCGCAAGAAGUCCAGGCGGGAGCGCAAGCGGAGCGGCGGCGAGGCCAAGGAGGCCACCUCAUCCUCGUCCGGUGCCCAACCAGCCCCGCCAGCUCCGGCUUCCCCCUGGGACUCCAAGAAACACCGCUCCCGGGACCGCAAGCCGGGCUCCCACGCUUCCUCGUCCGCCCGCCGCCGCUCCCGGUCCCGCUCUGCCCGCCGCCGCUCGCAUAGCACUGAACGCCGUCGCGGGGGCAGUCGCAGGUCGCGAUCCCGGGAGAAGCGACGGAGGCGGCGGCGCUCUGCCUCUCCGCCCCCGGCCACCUCCUCGUCGUCAUCGUCCAGGCGUGAGCGGCACCGUGGCAAACACCGGGACGGUGGCGGCAGCAAGAAGAAGAAGAAGCGGUCACGGUCCCGGGGAGAGAAGCGGUCUGGGGAUGGAGGCGAGAAGAACCCUGCACCCACCCAGCAGCUCUCCGGCUCCACCUCCUCGGGAGGCGACAGAGACAGCCGCCGCCGCGGGGCUGUGCCGCCUUCCAUCCAGGAUCUCACGGACCACGAUCUCUUCGCCAUCAAGCGGACCAUCACGGUGGGCCGGCUUGACAAGUCCGACCCCCGAGGACCCUCACCGGCCCCGACCUCUUCACCCAAACGUGAGGUCCUGUACGACUCGGAGGGACUGAGCGGUGAGGAGCGGGGUGGCAAGAGCAGUGAGAAGGACCGUCGCCGCUCUGGAGCUGCCUCCUCUUCCUCCCGGGAGAAGGGGUCUCGUCGGAAGGCGCCGGAUGGGGGGGACCGGGAUCGGGAUAGGGACAGAGAUAGGGACAGGGAUAGGUCAUCCAAGAAGGCUCGGUCCUCAAAGGAGACAGCACCUUCUUCAGGGCCCCCGCCAAAGCCACCAGUCAGCAGUGGCUCAGGCUCCUCGUCCUCAUCGUCGUCCUGUUCCUCCCGUAAGGUGAAGUUGCAGUCCAAGGUGGCGGUGCUGAUCCGAGAGGGUGUCAGCAGCACCACCCCCGCCAAGGAUGCUGCAUCUGCUAGCCUGGGCUCCAUCGGCGUCAAAUUCAGCCGGGACCGUGAGAGCCGCUCUCCUUUCCUCAAGCCUGAUGAACGGGCCCCCACCGAAGUGGCCAAAGCAGCUCCAGGCAGCACCAAGCCCAAAAAGACCAAGGUCAAGGCCAAGGCUGGGGCCAAGAAAGCCAAGGGGACCAAGGGAAAGACCAAGCCAUCUAAGACCAAGAAAAAGAUCCGCAGUGGAGGAAGCAGCGGGGGCAGUGGUGGCACCGUGUUGCUGAAGAAGUCUAAGGCAGAUAGCUGUAGCCAGGCAGCAGGAGCCAAGGGGACUGAAGAGACUUCCUGGUCCGGGGAGGAGCGGGCAGCCAAGGCCCCUACCACCCCACCCCUCAAGGCAGCCCCUCCACCCCCUGCACUCACUCCGGACUCGCAGACUGUGGACAGCAGCUGCAAGACCCCUGAAGUCUCCUUCCUGCCUGAGGAGACCACUGAGGAGGCUGGGGUCCGAGGUGGGGCAGAAGAGGAGGAGGAAGAAGAGGAAGAGGAGGAGGAGGAAGAGGAGGAGGAGGAGCAGCAGCCUGCCACCACCACAGCCACCAGCACAGCUGCAGCUGCCCCAAGCACUGCCCCAAGUACAGGGUCUACAGCUGGCGACUCAGGGGCAGAGGAUGGGCUGGCUGCCCGUGUUUCCCAGCUGCCCACGCUGCCCCCACCCAUGCCCUGGAACCUGCCAGCUGGUGUGGACUGCACCACCAGUGGCGUCCUAGCCUUGACUGCACUUCUCUUCAAGAUGGAAGAAGCCAACCUGGCGAGCCGAGCAAAGGCUCAGGAGCUGAUCCAAGCCACCAACCAGAUCCUCAGCCACAGGAAGCCGCCCUCAAGUCUGGGGGUAACCCCAGCUCCUGUGCCCACCUCUCUGGGUCUGCCCCCUGGCCCCUCUAGCUACCUGCUCCCUGGCAGCCUCCCCCUGGGGGGCUGCGGCUCUACCCCUCCUACCCCAACUGGGCUGGCCGCCACAUCUGACAAGAGAGAGGGCAGUAGCAGCUCCGAGGGACGUGGGGACACAGACAAGUAUCUGAAGAAGCUGCACACGCAGGAGCGGGCAGUGGAGGAGGUGAAGCUGGCCAUCAAGCCGUACUAUCAGAAGAAAGACAUCACCAAGGAAGAGUACAAGGACAUCUUGAGGAAGGCCGUCCACAAGAUCUGCCACAGCAAAAGCGGGGAGAUCAACCCGGUGAAGGUGAGCAACCUGGUGCGGGCCUACGUCCAGCGCUAUCGCUACUUUCGCAAGCAUGGCCGUAAGCCGGGGGACCCCCCAGGUCCCCCACGGCCACCCAAGGAGCCAGGGCCCCCCGACAAGGGUGGUCCGGGCCUGCCCCUGCCCCCUCUCUGAGACUCCUGGCCAACUCUUCCCCACCUCACCUCUUUGAAAUUCUGGACAUAUUUAUGGCUCCGCCUCCCCACGUCCCUCCCCUGUCAGUGGGAAGAUUGGGGGAGGGUUGCUGCGGGGAAGAGGAGAGCCCCCUACCCUGCCCAGCCCCAUGCCCAUCUCCCUUGUACCCAAGCCUGCCCUUGUUGCCCCUCUGCUCUGUUCAUGCUCCUCCCCCCAAUUUCAUUAAAGAUUUCAUGAAAUGUU